AUGCCAUCUGAACCCCUACCGACAGCCCCCUCUCACCCAGACGUGCCGCCGUUUCCGCCCCCUUCGACCUUCUCCAUCCUGCCGGACAUCUACCUCCUCAUCGCGCGGCUCACCAUCCUCCAGCAGGCCGCCGCGGGUACGAACACCCUGACACACACGACGAGCGGCGGCUCUACUACCUCGACAUCCACGCCGCUGGACCUGAAAGACCUCCCGGCGCAGGUCUACCCUAUCAAGCAGCGCAUCGCAAAGGCCAAAGAAGCCGUGCAAGCCCUGCCGGACGUCGAGAGGAGCGUCGAAGACCAAGAGCGCGAGAUCCGAGAUCUGGAGAGGACGAUCGCGUUGCUCAAGAGGAGGAUUGCCAAGUUGGGACGUAUUGCGGCUAGGACACACGGGGAGGAAGACAGAGAUGUUGUCAUGAAGGGCGUGGAAGAGUGA